UACAAUUUAUUAUAUGUUCAAGCAGAAGAGCAAAAAUAUCCUUACAACUUUUUACUAGAUUGAUAGUUACAUUAUCAAAACCACUAGAGCGUUUAUUUUUCAAAUUACUGAUGAUAGUUUUUAAUUCUUCGCGAUCAACAGGAGUUAAAAAGAAUGAACGUUGCUGUGCACUUGGCACGUUCCCAGUGUUUAUUAGUUGGCUAGUGCCGCUUGCCGUCGCUGUAGUUGCCGCCGCGCCACCUGUGUUGUCAACAAUCAGCUGUUCGUGAACGUCAAUUAAGUAUUUGUUUAUCGUGUCACAGAUGGCUUGCGGUUCUUCAAUAAUCGAUCCGUCAUUUAAAGUUAACCUCUCAAUUUCAGUUUUCUUUUUACAUCCAGUGAUAUUAUUGAUUAUUUUCCAUUGUUCAGCCGAAUUUCCAUUAUAUUUAGCGAACAAGAUGGCGACGGUGAUUCAUGAUCUCGUCACCACGGAGAAGGUAGACGACGUUGCAGACGAGCUUCUUAACUUUUCGCUGGCCAUUCUUCACACGAAUUUUCACUUCAGUGCCUACGGAUUCUUCAACGUAGACUAUACUCUGAUAUUUUUUGUGAUAAGUAGAAUAGUAAGUUACUUGGUGAUCCUGAUCCAGUUCCAGGUAUCUUCUACUACACUGACUAGCACUGGCCUCAUGUUCAACAUCACACACUUCUAGAUUAACUAGAUCAACUAUACGAGGUGUAACUAAAUGUAUUAAUGUAGGAGCAAUAAA